AUGGUGACACUAAUUACCGAGAAGCUACAGAACCAAAGCCUGGACGAUCGCUCAUGCAAGACAUACAACAUUAACCUGCGCUCUUCUGAGAAGCUGAACAAUGGUGGCACCUUGUUUCCUUACGAAAUCAAUGAGGACAGUCCCUGGAAAAUGAUUGACAGGGCUUGUCCAAUCAGGACGGAACUGAACAAGAACUCGAUCUUUCCCUUUUCUGUGUGUCCCUUCAGCACUGGCACUCCAACCAACUUUUCUCUGCCGUGGCAGAAUGAGCCCUCCAAUCAGUCCUUAUUAUCAGGGUGGAUAAGGGAACUCAAUCUCAAUGACAGCUUUGGACAGCCGCUGGCACCCCCGACGAAAAGACACUGCAGGUCACUGUCUGAGCCGGACGAACUGUCUCGUUGUCGUUCACCCUGGAAACCAGGCAAUUCCAAGGUUUGGACUCCUGUUUCAAAGAGGCGAUGCAACAGCGGUGGCAGUGCCACUUUACAGCGCUGUAAUAGUCAUGGCAGCGCCACCUUGCAGAGAAGCACAAGUGUCAGCUUGCCGCAGAACGCCCCGUCUCUUAACAACAAUGUGUUCACAGUGCCUGCCUGCAACACGUCUCCUGUCCCAAGGCCCUCUUCCGCCAGCAGUGGCUUUGUGGAUGGUAGCGAAGGAAGCACAACCUCCAGCAUACGUUGGAACUCUGGUGGCCCUUGCGACUUCAGUCCAAGGAGACGCCUUUCUCUGUCUCAGGAGCACAUCACAGAACCAGGAGAUAUUUUGCCUUCAGCCAACAGCACACCAACAUCUACCCCAGAGUUGAGGCGACGCCAGGGCUUACUGCGGUGCCGUUCCCAGCCGUGUGUGUUAAAUGAGAGGAAAGCCAGGCUAAAGCGCAGACGUGAUGAGGAUGUCCGGUGGAGUAGGCCAUCUAUAGAUUUCUUUAAAAUGACACGGGUAAGAUUUCCUGCAUGUGAGAAACCUGUAUCUGUCAUUGUACACUUAUUGGUAUGUUGCCCAUUGCAACCAGAUUCUCCCAUUCAUGCGUUUUCAAGAACAUGA